UCACAUUAAAAGUGCGUUUCUCGGCGCAUUUGCAGGUAUUGAGUGUGACUCCGUUUUGAAAAUUUGUUUAUCCAAUUUAAAGCCGUGACCGGAACCCUGCUGAGGUGUUAAAGUUUAGUUUAAGUGUCCCCCCACCUGUGCAACGUGUUUUCGACAUGUCUCCCGGGGGCUUGUCAGCGAAAAACUCGGUUGAAAAUUCAAUAGUGGCCGCUGUCUGGAGCGGCGGUCGUCGUCAAUUACUGGGUCCCUUGGUUUACAUAAGAGCGAAAGAGUCGGCUAGUGUGGCGUUGCAGAAAUGGCGUCGAAGUAUGUGCACAUGGCUGGGUCUAUUAAGGCUAUAUAUCCCGUUUGCCCCGCAAUGUGCAACUGGGAGUGCGUUAUCCUUGCCGGCUAAUUUGUAUAUACAGUGUACAUAGAGAUGAGCACACAAACUCGUUCAGGCGGCGGGGGAGGCGGCGGCCAUGCCCGCAACCAGAAAAAGUCAAAUGCCAGCAACUCCGGCGGAGGAGGAACCGGCCAUCACGAUGGAGUCUCACAUGCUGCGGCCGCUGGCAAGAAGGGAGGCCAGGAUGCCAGCAAGACAGACAAGCCAGAGAAGGCCCAGCCCAAGGCUACCACCGAACAGUUGCGCAUUGCCCAGAUCACCAAUAGCACCACAGAGGAUCCGCAGAUCAACGAGAAGGUUCUCCUUCUUUUGACCAUGACCCAACGUUCCGAGGAGGAGGUCUGCUGUGCCCUCAACGAGUGCGAUUACGACCUGGAGGCCGCGGCCAACUUCUUGAUCGAGGAGCUACCGCAGGGCGCCUUUGCCAAGUACGAGAAAAAGCGCAAGAACAAGGCUGCAAAUAACACGGCUGAUGGUGCUGCUGGCGAUGGCGAUUGGGCCGAUGGCAAUGGCAAUGCGGACAGGCGGGAAAAGUCGCGAAACCGCAGCUCAAAUCGCGGAGGCACCCGUGGCUCCAGUGACAGUCGUGGAUGGCGCGGAAGAGAGACUCGUGAGAAUGAGCGCAACCAGCGCGAAUCUCGCGAACCUUGGUCCGGGCAAAACGCUGGUCAGGACCGCGGUGACGAUCGGGCAAAUGACAACUACCGCGGGCAGCGCAACGGCGGCGGACGCAGUGGUCCCGGUGGCGGUGGACGCGGUGGUGGCUUUGUCUCUCGCUCUGGCCGUGGCGGCGGCCGCAUGGGGGGACGCACCGGUGGACCGCGUGGCGAUCGCGGCAGCGGAGGCCCUGGUGGUGCUUAUGGAUCAGGUCGCGGUGGCAAUGCAAACGAGGAUCACCACGAGGUUGAGCUGUGGGACAACACCAUUGCCCAAAAUGCCGAGAAGCAGCAACAGGCUCAUGACGAUGCCUGGGGCGACUGGAACAACGAGGAGUACGAGGGCUCGCUCAAGGACAGCAAGGUGUUCACCACUAGCAACCUGGCAACGCAAUCCGCUGCCAACGUGGUUAGCGGAACUGGCGCGAGUGUUACAGCUGUUCCUGCGGCGGCUGGAACCGAGAUAUCGGCGCCACCGGGCCUUGAACAUCAGUUGGUGCAGCAGGGAUCUCAUCUGGAGGAGAGCUCCAGCAGCGGCCCAGCGGCGGUCACACCGCCAGCAACGCUGAGCGGCUCGGCGACCACGCCGCUGCUGCAAUACAGCGCAGCGGUCAGUAAUCCACCGCCCCAGCUGCAGUCCCAGGGCACACAGUCAGGAGCGGGUACAGGAGCGAGCGCAGCUGCCGGCGGAGGAGCAGGCAGCACACCGUCAUCCUUUGUAUCCGCCUCUCCCGACACAUUCUCAAGCGCCGCCUCGGCAGCUGCCACGCUGGUGCAUCAAGCACAAAAGCAGCAGCAACUUCAGCAGCAGACGACGCCUAUCAAGCCGUCGGCUACUUUGUCGGUCGAGCAAUCUCAGUAUUUCAACUCGUUGGCCAGCCAGGGCGUCAGCCCAGGUUCUGUUCCAGUGCAAUCGGCGCCAGCGGGUUACGCGCAAAACCCCGUGGCCGCCUACUCCCAAACUAGCACUAGCGUGGGUGUGAGCCAGUACCCCAAUACCUAUGCCAACGUAUUCGCUUCUGGAACGGCAGCUGGAGCUGGCACUGCCGAGCAAUCGCAGCAGCAACCGCAGAUACGGAGGGCACGUGUUAAGCUGCCACCACCCUCGAAGAUUCCUGCGAGUGCCGUCGAAAUGCCCGGAGACAAUGCACUGAACAACAUUGGCUACCUGGACGUGCAGUUCGGCGCUCUGGACUUCGGCACGGACGAUGGCUUCGAGCCAUUGCCGGAGAAGGUUGGUUCGGGCUUUAGCAUUGAUGGUCAGCAGCAGCAACAGCAGCCAGAUGACUACCAGAGCAAGUCCCAGCAACAGCAGCAGGUGACGCUAGCGGCAGGUCUACAGAGUUCGCAGAUUAGCGAUGCCUUAAAUGCAGCGGGCUAUACAAGCCGUUCGACGUCACAGCAGCAGCAGGGCGUUAGCUCAGCGGUGAAUGCCACAAUCGAUCAGCUGACCAAGAGCGAUCCCUACGGACAGACGGGCGGCAGUGGUAACGCCUACCAAAACGCGUACCAGAGCAGUGGAGCGAGUAAGACAGCCAGUGGCUUUCCGACGACCGCGCCCGGUGGCUACAGCAGCUCCACAUACGCGAAUGUGCAAAGCUCAGUAGCCAACAGUUACCAGCAGCAGGGAUACGGCUCAUACCAGCCCAGUUCCUACCAGCAGCAGGCUGGCAGCGGGGCUCAAAGCGGUACAGGUGCGGUAAGCGGAGGCGGAGGAACGGCGACGCAAAACAUUCCGGUUGGAGGCAGCAGCAGCCAAAAUAGCACGAGCGGCAAUGCGAGCUCUGCCUACCUCACAUCCGGAUAUUCGACACCACAAAGUGCUUACCAGUCAAGCCAGAGUGUUUAUGGCAACACUGGACUGUCCAACAGCAGCGGGUUCUCUGGCAGUGCGAGCAACGCGUCCUCGCAGUACGCCAAUUUCAGUGCCAGCGCCAAGCUAAAGGAUGCGACCACGGCCAGUAGCGCCGCUCAUUACGACAGUGUCUCAACCAGCAGCGGAGUGAGCAGCAACAGCGGAAGCACAGGCAAUGGCGGUGUGGUGAGCGGUCAAACAGGUGCUAACCAGGCGGCUGUAUCGAACAAUAACAGCGUGAGCGGCAGCAGCUCGGUCAGCAAUGUGACGGCAGGCGUUGCGAGUGGCAACGUAGCUGGCGUGGGCGGAGGCGUAAGCCAGAGCGGCGUAAGUAGUGGAGUCGGCGUGCCCGGUGGCAGCGCGUCCAGCGUCGGUGUGAAUGUGAACAACAACAGCAGCAGCGCCAGCUCGGUGGGAGCAGCGACCGUUGCCCAGACAGCCACGGGAACCACCGCUGCAGUGCUGGCCUCGCUGACCAACAAGAACACCAGCAGCAGCAAUAGCAGCGGCAGCGGUGGCAGUGCUGCCACGACGACGGGCAACGCCAGCGGACAAGGUGCGGGAGCAAGCACCGGCGGCGUGGGCAGCUCGUCGGGUGCUGGUGGUGCUGGUAGUGGUGGUGGCAGCGGUAGCGGCUUGGUGCCCACCAACAUCCAAAUGGUUAGUCAAUAUAUUCAGACUGGAUUGCCAUACUAUCAGCAACCAGUGUAUUCCUACGAGGAAUUGCAAAUGAUGCAACAGAGAGUGCCACAUGUGCAGGGAUAUUACGAUCUGAACUAUCCGCCGGCCAGUUUAGGAGCUGGACGUGACAACCUCGGCUCUGUGACGUAUUCUGCUAUGAAUGAUGGACGCUUUGCCCGCACUGACAAUAACUCCAGUCCGGUCGGCAAUGUCUCCAGCACAAUGUCGCAACAGGCUGGCUCAAGUGCGCCCAUGCUAAAUGUUCCUUACGCCUACUUCUAUGGUGGCAAUGUAAUGCCCGGUAGUUUUCAAUAUGGCACGCCCGCCAUAUAUCCACAAAUACCGGCAGCAAACACUGCCUCCGGUCAACAGUUCCCGAAGCCUUCGUAUAGCGCGGGCUACGGCUCGACCAGCUAUGACACUCUGUCGCAGACCACGCAGGACUACAGCAAGGGCGGCUACUCGUCGAGCGUGAAUCAGCAGAGCAAAACUCAGACUGUGUCCAACCAGUCGCAGGCAGGCACUGGAUCCGAUCUGACCUCUUCUAUGUACGGAAAAGGACACGUGGCGCUGAACAAGGUUAAUUCGUACGAGAAGCAGAGUUUCCAUUCGGGCACUCCGCCCCCGUUUAACAUGCCCAACACUCAGACGGCUGGAGGCACCUCUGCCCAACCGUACGGCAUGUACUUGCCGAUGCCAGCGGCCGGACACCACAAUAUGAUCCAUCAGCCCAUCCACCAGAUGGACGGCAGGAUUCAUAGCUCAUCCCGCCGGGACUCGAACAGUGCCGGGCAGCGUCAACAGUCGACCAGCCAGUCGAAGUCUGCUGGCAAGCAAGGCUACUCGCCCUCGUACUGGGCCGGACAGAACUAGCUUCCGGAGAACACGAUCUGGCGGCCCCUGCAGAUCGCCCGCGCGAACGACUUUUAUAGCCUUCGCAGCAAUAGCAGCAGCACCACAACAAUAACAACAACAACCACCACCACCACGCCCAUUCACCACAUCUACAGCAAGAGCAGCGCCAGCAAUGCCCGGACGCUGCCCAUCACACUCGGAACCAACUCAAAAGUGACCACAAUAGCAGCCAGCAACUCCACAACGAGCGUGGAUGCCAGCAACACACCAACAGCAGCAAUAGUUAAGACGACAACAUCGGCGAUGCCGGGCAUUCCCGGCCAGUUGCUGAUGCUCGUCAAGGAGCAACAGCAGCCACAACCACAGCCGCCACCACAACAACAACAACAUCAAGCACUCGCCGACAAGGUGGGGAGCGAGAAAUCCUCGCCAGCGUCGGAGAAUGAUUAUCUAAUAUACGAUGAUAAGCGAUCAUACUUUACUUAAUAAGAAACGUUUUUACUACGAACGCACUGUAAAGGCGCCGCUCAGCAGCGUCCUGACCACCACGCCUCCCUCCUCCCCUCAGCCUCAAGACACACCACACCCCACACUUGCGGAGGCGACUCCUAAAGCCAACCACACACACAACACACUUCCUCACACAACAAAGAGUAGAACGAAACAUACAGCAACAUCCGCAUAAAUAUACCAAGUACCAUUUUCACAUUGCAUACAAAUAAAUUUACAAAGAUAAAGAGUAACAAUUAUUAAUUAUUAAAGGCGUAAAACGAUUUAACAGAUUUAAGAGUGUAAGAGAGAAACCGGAAAUGCAGAACAGUAAAUUAAAAAUACAAGUAUAUAUAUUAAAUAAACCACAAAACCACAAACAUAACGUGAAUGAGAAAAAACAAAACAAACAAAAAUUAAUUAUUGUAAUCGGUUUAAACUUAUAUGUAUAAUUAUAACCUUAAUAUUUAAACUAAAUACAAAAAAGAAGAUACGAUUAAAUCCAAACAAAAUGC